AUGAAAAGUAUCAGACAGUGCACAGUGGUGGCGCUUUGGGCUUUUCUUGUGCUUACGGGCGCAGUCAUGGGCCAGAAAAAAAGACGCCAGAGCAAAAACAGCAAAAGCGCGUCCAGUGGCAAAAAUCUUUUUGAGGUGGACAUUGAGAAUAAAUUAAACAGCGAUGUUCUGCUGGGAAUCGAUAAAAUCCUGCACCCCUCCAAGCCCAAGGAAAUUGGGAAAGACAUAGUGGCACUGCGCGUGUCAGGCGAAGAGGGCCCCGUCAAUGAAGUAAUUGAGAAACUCAGAGACGUAAAAAAGGCUGAUAUUGUCCUCACGUACAUCACAGACCUAAAAAACAUACUGGAAAACAUACCCACCACUAACUCAUCUGAGAAGUCUGUAAACAGCAGGAUAAAGAACAUAGUUGAAAUGAGAGCAGUCUGCAUGCUCUCCAACAAAAUCCUCAUUCCUUCUCUUGCUGACAAACAGAUGCUUACAAGCCUGUGCGGUGUGCCUGAAGACAAAAUAGUCAUCAUAAAGCCAGUGAAAAAGAUGAUAAAGAACACGACUUCAGCAACGAUUAAAAAUGCGACUGUGCCCAAUGGGCUGUACGUUCUGUACGCAAAUGCCAACAUCCACAUAAACGUAGAGGUAAAAAACAACGCAUUUGAAAAAAUAUACGUCAGAGCUGUCAAGGAAGAGCCCUUCUUCAUUGUCAAAAAUAUUCUCUGCAAAAAAGGCCCCUAUGAAAGGAGGAUGUACGAAGCAUUUGCUGAAGUGUCAAAGAACGACGUAAAUCUGAGCAUCACAGAAACCGAUAUAUUCAGUGCGCACAACAGAAAUCUAGUUGUGUCUUCUGGUGGAGUAAAGGUCUCCAUCAACCCGCGCAAUAUGUCUGUGACAGUAACUGCAAAAAAAUACUCGCUGAAAAAUGCAGGACUGAUCAGAGGAUUCAACAAAAAGAGAUGGCAGCUCAAAGAGAGCUACAACAAGUUCAACGUAAACCACCCUCUGCUAAGGCACAAAAAAGGCGAUGUCACCGUAUACCUGUACAAUAUGCCCAGAAGAUUUACCAACGAGAUGUUUGAUCCCCAUCUGAAAGCAUCGCCACUGAAGAGAGUCCUUGUGACGGGGUGGUUUGCAUCGUCUGGGUUUGGAGUGGUCUCAAAAGAGUUCUUGUUGGAGCUAGCCACAAACCAGAAACUCAUCCUUAGAUCCACUGCUUUUGAUAUGUACGCUCUGAGGAACCCAAGCGACAUAACCGGUCUUAUCGUGCAGACAUACCUCCUGGAAAGCGACCAAACUAACUCGCACAAUGCGAUCAAUGUCCCCGGGAAAUUCUCUACCCCAGGAGUGGAGGUGAGGAACAGAUUCCCUGUGGAUCUCAGCAAAGUAAGGCCUGGAUACAACAAGAUAUUCCUGCACUUCCCGUGGGAGUUCAGUCUUAUUCCCAGCGCGUGGAUAGAUCCUAUAAAAGAGUCUCCUGUGAUUGAUGUCAUUGUGCCGUCCAUCUUUGCGAAGAACAUACACAUGGAGAGCGGCAUUCAAAGAGAAAGAAUCCACGUGGUGCCCCACGGUGUAGCCUACACGUCUCUCCACACCAUGCGCAGUCUCGAGGAAAAACAGAAGAACAUUUCUAUUGCAAAGCUGUUCGACUGCCCGUCAAACUACAUAAGGUUUGUGAUGAUAGGAGGUGCUCUUAAGAGAAAGGGUCUUGACACGGGAAUCAAAGCGUACAUAAACGCGUUCAAAGGAAAUGAAAAAGUGGUGCUCCGCAUACACGCAGCAUACGGCGAUGGAAAUGUGUUUGAUGACAUCAAAGAAAUCCUGCACAAAAACAAGAUGGAAAACGGUCCAAAGAUAGUGUACACACAGAGCUAUCUCUCCGACAAAAAGAUAAGAGCUCUUCUCUCGCUUGCCCAUUAUAAUAUUGCGCCAUUCAAGGGAGAAGGCUUCGGACUCAACAUCCUCGAAGGAAACGCCAUGGGAGCCAUUCCCAUUGUGACAAAAGCAAGGCCUGCAACGGAGUUCUGCGACACGAAAAACUCUUUCUUCAUCAAGUGCAAGAAAGCCAAGUUCAACUGUCCUCCAGUCAUGACAAGUAACAAUGGAAAGAUCUCCAUGUUUGGGCUGAGUCUUCCAGACUAUCCAAAAUGGUACGAGCCUAGCGAAGCCCAUCUGGCAACGCUUCUGAAAAAGGCAUACGCUGUGGCACAGACGAAGGAGUACAAACAAAUGAGAGCAAACACAAUAAAGUCUGCAUCAAAGCAAACAUGGAGCUCGCAGCUCAUGAUACUCGAGAAUCUGGUCCUGGGCGAGAAGAAAUAA